AUGGCUGUGUUUCCUGCCGAGUGCGAUGAAGAUCAAGGUGACAUGUUCUUACGAAUUACAGUGACCCCGCAAUGGAGAAAUUACAACGAAGGGCUAAUUUUUCUUGUCAACAUUGGACACCUUGAGGCAGUGGUGCACAUCCUACAGCAGCCUUUCAUAACUGGAGUUUCUCGAGUUUGUAAGUCAGUUCCACUCUUACCUACAGUCAGAAGAGAGGAGAGUCGUUGUUCUUCUCUCAAAGACAUCCAUGUGGAUAUAGUGUGUACCUUCAACAGGAAACCAGUCUGGAUUAUAGUGUCUGAUAGAAAUCCAAGGUACAUUUCUUGGCAUAGAUGUCAUAAAAGUAAGGGUUUAGAAUUGCGCAUGCAAGAAGUCCUAGCUGCUGCACAAUCUAGCUUAACAUUAGGACCUUCCUCAGUUAUACUUUUCUUUGCGAAUGGGAUUGCAAACCAUGUCUACAAAAAACUUCAAGAUAAGUUUGGGGCGUCAGAAAUUGGAUUGGGGCCUUCAGUUUUCAACUUUGAUGCAUUUGAGGAAUCAGAAGGAGACUGGAUAAACAUACUGGCAAGAUCUUAUAAAGACGCUUGCAUCCUUGAAAUAAAACCGAUCAAUAGCAAGGAUGCUGUUUCAGGGGUAGAACAUAUUGACAAAGGUUUGACUGUGGACUCUGCUCAACUAGGGGUUUCAGUUGAGAAAACUGCUCAACCUCAGCUUUCUGUUGAAGAUUGUGAAGCCAACAUGGCUAAUGCAUUCUGCUCCAUUGUUCUGGGACUGAAAUUAUGCUCCCUGAAAAUUAAAAAUUUAGAAUCUUCUGAACCAGGAAACUACGUUAGAGAAGUUGAUUUGAUAAACUUUGAUACAACAGCUUUGAUAGCUCUUGUAACAGGAAUUAGUAAUGGUGGUGCCCAGAAUCUUUUGGCUCGUCCAGAGAGUGAAUUGAGGGAGAGAUUCAAAGGAAACUAUGAGUUUGUGGUUGGUCAAGCAAUGUCUGAAAUUCAGAAUCCGAUCCAUGUGGAAUUCAGCAGAGUGUUAUGUGGAAAGACAGGCAUGAUUUGUGAGAGUGUCCAUAUGGAAUUCAAGGAGUUGGUAUUAAUGUGUGGAGGGCCGAAUGAGAAACUGAGAGCUGACAAAUUAAUAAAUAGCCUAAGGGUUGUUCCUGAUUGUCCAUCAGAACGGAUGAUGGGUCUGCCAACAACAAGAAAGUUGGCAAUGAAAAAUAAGGUUGUUUUUGGCACUGGUGACUAUUGGCACGCUCCAACUUUAACUGCAAACAUGGCGUUUGUCUGAGCAGUUU